UUGUAUUGGUAAGGAAACGCAGAGACAGAGACAACGAUGAAGUUAAUGGGACCUGCACUGUUCAGUUUAUAUGAUCGUUGAAAUGGGUGAAGGAUCAAGAUCAAUCACCAACUCCUUCCACCGUCACGUGAGAUCCAACUCUCUCUCUUCACGACCAUGAUCCUCUCCCUUACAACAUACCUUGGAUCUCACGAGCAGAUCCACCGUCACCGUCAACAUUCACGCUUUUCCUUAUGGACCUCGCUACCUCUCGUCCCGCUGUAGUCUUCGAUAACGGCUCCGGGUAUACGAAGAUGGGUUUCGCCGGUAACGUUGAGCCGUGUUUUAUUGUUCCCACGGUGGUUGCUCUUAACGAGUCGUUUUUAAACCAAUCGAGGAGCGGUUCCAAGGCGAAUUGGAUCGCGCAGCACAACGCAGGUGUUAUGGCGGAUCUUGAUUUCUUCAUCGGGGAUGAAGCGCUUUCGAAGUCUCGAUCUAGCAGCACUUACAAUCUCAGUCAUCCGAUUCUUCAUGGCCAGGUUGAUAAUUGGGACGCCAUGGAACGGUUCUGGCAGGAAUGUAUCUUCAACUAUCUGAGGUGCGAUCCAGAGGAUCAUUAUUUCCUCUUGACCGAGAGUCCACUCACUGCACCUGAGAGUCGCGAGUACACUGGUGAAAUCAUGUUUGAGACUUUUAAUGUUCCUGGCCUUUAUAUUGCCGUGAAUUCAGUGCUUGCUCUUGCUGCUGGCUACACAACAUCUAAGUGUGAGAUGACAGGAGUUGUAGUGGAUGUUGGAGAUGGGGCUGCUCAUGUUGUGCCAGUUGCAGACGGCUACGUUAUUGGAAGUAGCAUCAAAUCAAUUCCUAUUGCUGGAAAAGAUGUUACACUUUUUGUCCAGCAGCUUAUGCGGGAAAGAGGAGAGAAUAUACCACCAGAAGACUCUUUUGAAGUAGCUCGGAAAGUGAAGGAAAUGUAUUGCUACACCUGCUCUGACAUUGUUAAGGAGUUUAAUAAGCAUGACAAAGAACCAGCCAAGUAUAUCAAGAAUUGGAGAGGCAUUAAACCAAAGACAGGGGCACCAUAUUCUUGUGAUAUUGGCUAUGAACGAUUUCUUGGCCCUGAGGUUUUCUUUAAUCCUGAGAUUUAUAGCUCUGACUUUACCACCCCGUUGCCAGUUGUAAUAGACAAGUGCAUUCAGUCUGCUCCAAUUGACACAAGAAGAGCAUUAUACAAGAACAUAGUGUUGUCAGGAGGAUCAACCAUGUUCAAGGAUUUUCAUAGGAGAUUGCAACGUGAUCUGAAGAAAAUUGUGGAUGCUCGUGCUCUUGCAUCUGAAGCACGUCUUGAUGGGGAGAUAAAAGCCCAUCCAGUGGAGGUCAAUGUAGUCAGCCAUCCCAUCCAGAGAUUUGCAGUUUGGUUUGGAGGCUCAGUGCUCGCCUCAACACCUGAGUUUUUUGCGGCCUGUCAUACAAAGGCAGAAUAUGAAGAAUAUGGAGCAAGCAUAUGCCGGACAAAUCCCGUUUUCAAGGGCAUGUAUUGAACCAUGGAUGAAUUAGCUGAUCGAGUUUAUUGAUCAAAAAGUUUAAUGAAUGUGCGGUUAUUUUGAUCCUCGGUUCACCUCCUGGUCUGUCUUCCUACUUGUAUCCAACGUGGCAGGAGUUGGUGUAAAAUAUGUAUAUUCAGUGAGAAAAAGCGUUUCUAGUUUUUAUUUCUUAGUUCUCCACUAGGUUGUCAGUUUCAAAGGGUCAUUUGGGUUGCCAGGUUCCAGAUAGUACUUAUGAUUAGAUAGAAUUCAAUCUUCGGCUAAUCGUUGGCUGAGCUAAUUGCAAUUUUGGUGUUCAGCUUAGAGUUUGAUGAACUUAGACAUUUUUUCAUUUGUUUUGGGACAGAUCAUUCCUUUAUGGUACUUUUCGAGGUAGCUAGUUCCAUUCAUUGGGAUUGAAUUGUAACACUAAUAAAUAAUAGUCGAGGUUAGAAUUGCGUUUAUGUGAAUCACUUUUUUAUGCUUUUUUUGUGUGUGUGUAAAGUUGAAUUCAUCUGUGACUGC